CUGGGGUUGUGCUUCCUCUGCUUCCUCUGCUUUUUCUGCUUCAGGGCUGGUGGGAAGGGCAUCGAAGAGAUACUUCAGCUGUGUUGGAUAGACCUGUAUUGCUGUUGUUGCUGUUGCUCUGGAUUUAUGGAGUCAUAGAUAAUGAAUUCUGGUUUUGAAGUGUUGAUCAUUGGCGAUUCCUCACUCAAUAGCUUUGUUUCCUGGCGUUUGAGCUCCAUUGGUGUCAAAGUCACAUAUAUUUCUUCGUUUCUAUCUCCUGAAGUGACCAUUCAUUGGAAAUCCACUUUGUAUGGUGAAAAGAGCUAUAAUCCUUUUCUCAUCAAGAACAGUUUAAAUCAUCUAUUUGAGGGUAAACAGCACUCUUCAGCUCCAAUAACUAAUUUGGAUUUCAAAUACAUUUUCAUAUCUUCAAGUUCAACAAGGAUUUUCAAAAAUACAAUCAAAUCCUUAAAGAAGAAUCUCGAUCUCGAUAACUCCAUUAUUCUAAUCGAUUCGUCGUUUUCAAUUUUCUUAGAAAGCUUCUUUUAUAAGAAAACUUCAAACUUAAAGAUAUUUUUAAUUUACUCAAAUAUCGAUGCCAGAUACUUGAACAACUCAAACUAUUUGCUAGCCGAUAACAUUGACGAGUCUAUUCAGAUUGCUAUUGGUCUAGUGCAAAUCUCCAAGUGUUAUUGUUACGAAAUCCCAGUGUCUUCAGCUUCUCUUCUUGAAAGUGAUUCAAAUGCAAAUGAUCUUGACAUUAUCAUCCACACUUUGAACACUUCUCUAGCUUCAAAUCAAAAUACCAGUCCCUAUAAUCCUGUAAAAUAUAAUGAAAUAUUAACAUCAGCCAAAUUAGGUGAAGAAACAUUUUUGGAGUGCACUACCAAUAGAUAUGGUGACAUAGAUUCUAGUUAUAGAAUAUCCCAAACCACUGAAAAAGAUAAAAAAAUGUGAAUUUUAUUAUUUUUGUUUUGUUUUUUUAUUCUUUAUUCUUUAUUUUUUUAUUUUUUUAUUUUUUUUUGAUUUGUGAUAUAAUUGAUAAACAGGUUUGGAUUUUAUUCAUCUACACGUG